AGUGUUGUUUCAUUAAGUCAUGGCGGAUUUUUUCUUGUAAUUUAGAGAUUUACCUUUAAUUUUGUGGGUAGAUUUGUUAAAAUAGACGUCGUUUUAUUAAUUCGAUCUGUUCGUACGGUGGAAGCAAAGCGACAAGAACGUUUAUUUGACUUCAACUUGAAUCAAAGAAGAUAGCCAUCGACUUACAAGGAAAUACGUUUGACGGAUCGUCUCGGAUUUCGGUGGUAUAUUAAAAUAAGUGAAAAUUACACAAUUUAGACGUCGCACCGUACUAAUUAAAUAUUAUAAUUAGCAUGAUACAAUAAGCGACUGCAACUGGACACGUCACUAUAUUUUACAGUUGCAGAAAAAGAUAUUGAGGCAAAAUGAAUGAGGGUGCACCUAUAAUGUACCAUGGGAAUGGUGGGUACGGCGCACCCGGAAUGUAUGUAGGCCAGGGUCAGAUGGAACGUCAAAAUCGGCAGUAUCCUAUGGAUAUGGUUCAAAUGAUUGGUGGUGUUGGGAUGCGCGGGAUGGGCUCCCCUAGACAGGGAAUGCAGCGCAGGUGGCAGCCACGCAGAGACCGUCAGCAAAAAGGCGAAAAUGCAUUUGGAUAUGAUUCAGAUGACUCCAGCCUUUCAAGUAAUGCUUCUGGCUCAAAUAAAUCCAGUGAAAAAGGGGACAAGCGGGAGUCGGGCAGCUCGUCGGGCAACGUGAGCCGCGAGUGGCGCUCGCGCAACCGCCGCGAGCACCGGCCGCGCCGUAUCGCGCCCGACCGCUACCUCACCGCCGCGUACCCCUUCCAGGUCAAGUUCACGCCCGACGAUCUGUUGAACGGCUCGAAUUGGGACACACUAUCACAAGAGAUCUGGGACAAGUUCAUUAAGUCUCAGCAGACUGAGGAGACAUUCCACAAGAAGAUGAACUUAUGGAGAUAUCUUUAUAUCACUAUUAAGUCAAUAUUCCCUCGCUACGGUCUCUACGUGGUGGGUUCCACGAUGUCCGGUUUCGGGCUGGAAUCGUCAGACAUGGACCUGUGCCUGUACGUGCGCGCGCUCGCGCACCUGGAACCGCGUGCGCAUGCGCUGCUGCACCUCGACUAUAUACUGGCCUAUAUACGCGCUAUUGAUCCCAACGCGGAGCUGAUCCAGGCGAAGGUGCCGAUCCUGAAGUUCCGCGACGCGCGCGCCGGCGUGCACGUGGACCUGAACUGCAACAACGUGGUGGGCGUGCGCAACACGGAGCUGCUGCUGUGGUUCUCGCGCGCGGACUGGCGCGUGCGGCCGCUCGUCGCCGUCGCCAAGCUGUGGGCGCGCGCGCACCGCAUCAACGACGCGCGCCGCCGCACGCUCUCCUCCUACGCGCUCACGCUCAUGGUCAUACACUUCCUGCAGUGCGGCGCGAAGCCCGCGAUCCUGCCGCGCGCGAGCGAGGCGAGCUGCAGCGCGGCGCGCACGCGCUCCGCCAACCGCGCGCCGCUGGGCGAGCUGUUCGUGCAGCUGCUGCAGUACUACGCGCACUUCCCGUACGAGCGCAUGGCCGUGUCGGUGCGCGCCGCGCGCCGCCUGCCGCGCGCCGACUGCCGCAUGCACGACCCGCACGUGCAGCAGCUCAUCUGUGUCGAGGAGCCGUUCGACCUAUCGAACACGGCGCGUUCCGUAUACGACCCGGAGUCGUUUGAGAAGAUUGUGACGGCGUUUCGCGAAAGCUACAAGCGGCUGUCGGCCGGCAUGCGGCUCGCCGACGCGUGGCCCGCGCCGCAGCGAUGAUGGCCUCGUCCGGCGACGGCGCCGACGCUACCGACGUCACCGACGCUACAGACGUCACCGACGUCACCGCUGCCGGCGACCGCGGCCACGACCGGGGCUCGCCGCCCGACUCGAUCUAGACUGAGGCAGGACCGCAGUCUGGUCUAGACUGUUUGGCUGACGACCAUGAAAUUGUGCUCCCAGUGAUGUGUCAGUGCAAAUUGGCCCGAUCACCGAUUUGGCUUGUGACAGUAAAAUUGUGAAGUGAUAAUGAUGUAGUGUUGCAAGAGGCGGGUUGGCAGUUACUAGAAUUGUAUAGUUUGGUUGUUUGCCGUAAGGGGACUCUUGAAAAUAAGAGAUGGAGCCUUGUGUAACUAGAUUUUAACAUGCGCAACCCUACUGGGACUCACUUCUUGCAACAUUAUCGUGUACAAAAGCUAUAUAAUAAUAGGGUGCAGUCCCAAAUAGUGCCGUAACAAUAAUCGACUGGCUGUGAUAUGCGACUGAAUCCCUGUAUAUAUGUAGUUGUAAUAUAGUACUUAGCGUCCGGCCGGAAAUAUCUCGGCGGUCGGGCGCCCCACUGGCGCGGCUGAGGCUCUGUCCCAACGCAAGCCAAUGAUCUGUUAUCGUACAACACAGCUUGGGACAGGGCUCAGUUGUGGCCGUGUGCAAUGCAUUUUUAGUUCCUACUUUUUCACAGAUGGCCACAUAUUAUUUAAUAGUACAUAUUUUAUAUUUAAAGAGCGAUUGUCACUAUGGACAUAUGUUAAAUCACAUAGUGCCAUGUUUUUAGUUAGUAUUGUUACUAGUCAGUUACGGCCUACCAAAGAUAGAAUCCACUCUGAAAUUGGUUAAGACACAAGAAAUGCAACCAAAUUGUUGGCCAAUUUCAUACUCAAGACUGACAAUAGAAAUCCACUCAGCAUUGAAUAUAAAACGCAUUUGUCUGUAACACUAGCUCGUACCACACCGAAGCUGCCUCGAAAGCGUCCUAUUAUAAUUUUGAAUAUUUAUAUUUAUAAGUUAUUUAAUGGUGUAAAUAGUAAGAAUGAAAGAGAACUAUUGUUGAAACAUUUUAGUCGUGUUGUAUGUAUGUUUUAUGUAAAUAGUAUUUUUUGUGAUGUAAAGAGUAAAUGACAAAAAAUAUAUUUGAAGUUGUUGUACAAGUUUACGAUAAGCUUGGCUCGGAAGCGUCGGGCGCUGCGUGGAGGCCGCUUGGGACUCGCCCCCGCUUUUCUCGGUCUAUAUCAGAUAUAUGUAACGUUAUAUUAUGUAUGAAUCACAUUCCAGCAUAUUGUUUCAGUAUUUCGCUAUUCGGCAUCAAGAUCAAAAUUUUCUGUGAUACGUCAGCGAUAAUUUUACAUGAAGGCUUUUUGGGUGCUAUUUGUGAGCCGAUAUGAACGUCAAAUGGUGCUAAAUAUUUAAAUAAUUUAUACGACCGCUUUCUCUGUUGAAGUUUGUUUCCAUAGUGGAUACGAGAUGAAAUAUAAAACAAAGCAUAUCUUUAAAAUAAUAAAGAAUGUAGUAAUUGUUAUCUCUGUUAUGUAGGCAUGUUAGAGCA